AUGGCACGUCGACUAGGCCGGCCGGGUCCAGAGGAAGCCGCGCAAACUCCUUACUAUGACGGCUACAUGCAAGGCUCUACAGAGGGGAGAAUACUGCUGCUCGACUCAGACGCCAUCGGCGCGCGAUACCGCCAGCUCGUCUCCCGGCCGAAUGGCCAUGAACACGUCCGGAGCAAAGGCGGAACCCGGCUACCGGGCGAGCUGUGGAACACGAUUUUGGAGUUUGCGGCCCAGGACCCGCCGAUGCCAGCAGCGCGCCAGGAAAUCAUAGCGGAAAGUCUGAAGACGAACGCGCUAUCGCUCUGUUGCACGAGACACAAAUUCGACUACGCGAGCUUGCCAGCGUCGUCUCUCCCGGACAUGAACGCCGUUCUGGCCUUUGAGCGCUAUCUGGGCUCUACGCAGCCGCAUAUUCUAGAGGGCUUGAGCAUAUCUGCCAUUCGCGAGCAGCCGGCGGGCCCUGGAAACACGUUCGACAUUCUGCUCGAGUUUGGGGCUCAGGACGCCAAGUUGCCGUUUCCGUGCCUGUUCACCGACUUCAACGUGCUGGAUGUCAUAUUAUGGAUCUACGACGGGCUGUGCUGGAUGUGCUAG